AUGGAAGAAGAGGCAUUUUUAAAGCAACGUUUAGCGCUAGACGAUAGACACGUUAAAUUACUGGAAAAGAAAUACUACAACUUUUUACAGACAUUGUAUGAUGAACCAUUAGAAAGGGCUCAAUUUCAGCUCGAGCAUUUAUUGAUUCUCUUGCUGAAUUAUCAAACAAGUCUGGAGCGCCAUCCUCGUAUACAGGCUGCCAAUACACAAGAAGUAGAGGAAUACAAGGACAUUGUGGAAAAGACAGCCAUCAUACAAGGCCAAGCAGGCACGGAUAUUGUCACAUUGAAGGAGGAUUUAGUGAAAGCACAAAAAGCAAGAGAUCAGAAGCUAGAAUACGACCGCGUCGCAAGAGAGAUCAUGAAGUUUGAGACGAGAAACACAUAUGCAGAAUCCAUCAGUGAUCUUCAAAACGACAUUGCAUUACUAGAGAAAGAGAAAGCCAGCAAGCUGAAGACGUUUGAAGAUCGCAAACACAACUUGACAGCGCUGUUGGAGUCAUUAAAGAAUUUGCAAAAGUCGGUGGAAGAUGAGCGUGCUCAUAUGACUGAGGACCAAAAGAAGCUGGCGGACAUGGAGAGGGGAUAUGUUUCUUCAGACGAUGAGGGAGGUAUCGAUCUAUCUGAUAAUGAGGAAGAAGCAGAGGAGGAGGAAAAAGAAGCAGUUGCAUCGACAAACAGCAGAUUCCAAGAAAGAAACGACGAAGAAGAUGAAGAGGAGGGCAUUUUGCUUGACACACCCAUGGUAGAAUAA